UAAGAAGUAGUUGCUUGACAGGAGCAACUGGGAUAAACCAUAUGCCUUCCCAUUAUCAUAUAUCUCUCCUCGCCUUUGGAGUUCCUUAGGUUAGCAUCGAGUGACGACGUUGCUCACGCUAAUCGUUCGUGAUUCGUCAAAAGCCGCUCCUCCCGUAGGUGCUGUCACCCGAUUAGUAGGUCACGUGCAUAGAUCUCGCCUUCCGUCGCCCGUCCUCCCAUUCUCCGCUCCGCUCAAAUCCCUUCUUCUCGUCCCGUUAAAGCACCGCGUCCUCUCCGUUCCUACAGAACCUGUAUCAUCACCAUCAUACCAUCAUCCAAGAGAUGAGUAGUCGCGGCGGUAAAUUAGCCCCAGAAGUCAAUCGAGCUCUGUUCGUAAAGAACUUGAGUUACAACGUCACUCCGGAAGAGUUGUUCGACCUUUUCGGAAAAUUUGGCCCAAUUCGCCAGGUUCGACAGGGUAUCGCCAACAACACCAAGGGUACUGCCUUCGUUGUCUAUGAAGACGUAGCCGACGCCAAGCAAGCCUGCGACAAGCUCAACGGCUUCAAUUUCCAAAACCGAUACCUCGUUGUUCUAUACCACCAGCCCGACAAGAUGGCCAAGUCAAAAGAGGACCUCGAAGCCCGUCGGGAAUCUUUAGCUCAGCUCAAGCAACAGCAUGGCAUCGAUUGACAAUCCGACCGGUCUGCGGAUAGCCUGCCUAGGAACUCAAAAUCCUCAUCUGCAGGCCGGUCUUCGUCUUCUCCCAAAUCUCCUUCGCCGGAUCCGAAGACGAUCCUCCGAAAAGGCAGGACCCCAACCAAAGCAACCGCCAAGAGCCGCGCAUCCUCCCGAGUCGUCCGUUUCGAUGAUGGACUCCGACCUGCACUAACCUGUGCAUGAUGCAUCUCUAUCGCUUUUUGGAGGGGCUCUAUAACAAGAGCCUAAAUACGCAUCACCUCUGAGGUGGUUUUACUAUUGGUUCGGACUUCGCUUGACACGCAAACACCUCUCCUUCACGGUUCUGGGAAUUAGGUGCACUGGGAAAAUUUCAAGGUUGAUUCAGCAAGUGGCGAUACGACCAGUCACAAACUGCUCUUUUAAGCAUGGCCUGGGAUAGGAAAGGCCUUGAUGAUGUUGUUGCCUGUGGAUAGCUUUUGUUGCAUUUCGCGUCUCUUUGUUCCUUUUAUUUUUAUUCGAUCUGGAAGCCUUGGCCAUGAGAAGCCAAUCCCCCCUCGUUCACAGUUAUGAUCUGCCUGACGGACUCGCGACCAUACAGAUGUGACGUAGAAAUGGCCUCGACUCUCCACCUCUCUCGCUGGGGGGGUUUACGUCACGCAUUUUUAUGAAAUUUGAGAUCAGCAAUGGGGAAAGAAACGGAUAAACACCAGUAAACUAGAUUGAAGUCAGGUUGUUUUGAUAAUGAGAGAAUCAAUCCUUCUCAAAGCGUCUUGGCUUAUGGCAUCCUUCAAGAUUGAAGGCUACCUGCACAAGGACUGGGCCCUGUGAGAAAUCUUGCCAGUGACAUGUGAACUAGCUCGAGAGAUGAAAUAUAACUCUCUGCGUGGACAUUGCUCAAUGAGAGUGAUCCAUGGUAGACGAUCUACCUGGACAAGCCAUAGUUCACAAUUGUUUUUGCGCCUUGCUAUAGCUAGCCCGUACCGAAAGGGACCAUGGGCCGCUCUUAUGAGGUUCAGCUGUCUUCAGACCUAAUAAUAACAUCGUUGGUUCAUAGUAACCCAUGAAAUGUAGGUUGAGCAAGGAAAUUUGCCAAGAUACCAG